AUGCAAGAAGAAACGAAAGCGAAAGCGCCGCGCCGCGAAAAAUUGAUCCGCCCACGCGGAAAACGCGGCGGUGUUAAGCACCGUCCCAAAGGAAGCGUGAAACAAGCACAUACAGUUGCAAUUGCCAAGUACCAUGCGCUUGAAAAGCAGAUAGCGCAGACGACGGAUAUAGCGGAGCGGAGCGCGCUAGAAAAGCAGCAACGCAAGCUUGGGGGCCUUGCAAAGUACCAGGACCAAAGUACUACAGGUAGCGCUACCGAUCGUGGCGGAGAGAGCGGCAAGUGGUGUGCCAAAACACUGAAAAACAUUAUUGCUCCCGAUACCAAGAUUUCGCUGCUCGAUGUAGGUGCUAUUGCGGGUACUGCGUAUACAAAGUACACAAGCUGGAUCACGACGACCAGCAUCGAUCUAAAUCCUCGUUCAGAGAAUGUACAUCAAAGCGACUUUUUUGAUUGGCCCGCGCCGAGCGCCGAGGCCCGGUACAAUGUGGUGGCCCUCUCGCUCGUGAUCAACUUUGUUGGCGAUCUGCACAAGAGGGGUGAGCUAUUGCUGCACGCACACCAGUAUUUACGUCCCGAUGGAUACUUAUACAUUGUGCUUCCUCUUGCAUGCGUAAAAAAUAGCCGCUACAUGACACAUGCGCACUUCACGGCGCUCGUGAAUUCGGCGGGCUACAGCGUGGUGUGCAACGAAGACAGUGCCAAACUCACACGGUGGCUGCUACAGACCAAGGCACCGAAGUCGCUCACCAAGUCGCAGCGCAAGUUAUCUUCUAAAGAAAAGCUUAUGGCGCAGUAUUGGGACGGCAUAGUGUACAAGAAGCACGAAUUGCUCCCUGGCGACGCACACAAUAAUUUCGCCAUCUUGCUUCCGUAG